AUGCGCCCUCCGAUUUUCAGUUCCCAGCUGGGAUUCUGUCUACUAAGACAACCCAAUUUCAAAGCGCGUAAAUUGGUCACCGGAAUCCGGUUUUUAUCCACCCAUCAUGACGAAACAUUCUUGCUUUCAAUUGGGAACAGCGGGACUGUGUCAUUAAGUGUGACAAGACCAACUGCAGCAAAAGAUGCGGAUUUGUCAAGAUCAAAAGUGAUUCUGUAUCUGCCACCAGGUCCCCUAUUCAAGGGAUUGGACAGCGACGACGAUGUAAUCCAAAACAAACUCAAUUCUCAUAGUUGGCCAGACUCCAGCACCAGCCUUGAGUCUAAGAAACUCUCAAAUUCUGCGUGUCCAUCUCCACAACAUGCUCUGGCUAGCAUGACAUCUGCAACAGUGGUAACACUGAACUACCGUCUCGGGCCCUCAAAAACGGAGACCGCGUCAUCCGCAGCAACAGAGACUACAUCAGCAAGUCCCGAACCAGUCAAAUUCCAUCAAUAUCCAACUCCAGUCCACGACACGUUAGCAGGAUUCGACUGGAUCCAAUCCAAAUUCCAACCAGAAAAACUCGGAGUCUUCGGCUCGCACAUCGGAGGCUCGUUAGCACUUAUGCUAGCUCUCACAGAAGCUAAAUCCGUACAUGCCGCCGCCGCAGUACAACCAAUAUGUGACUGGCCAGGUCUUGAUGAGUAUUGUAAUCUAGAUGACGAAACGGAUAUCUUUGGUAAAUCAAGAUCAAGACAAAGGAAAUCCGCGCGACGAAAAGGUUCCGCACCACCGGACCUGGUCCCCCUUCUCCAAGCGCGAGAACAAUAUUUCUCGUCAUUUGAGCGUUGCUUCGAUGCCUUCGCUUCUCCCAUUCUCUUCCUCCGCUCUCCCGGACGUGAUGUCCCGAAAUCCUUCCCUACAUACCUCACUGGUCCGGAGUAUCCGGUGCCUGUACUAAGGAGUCCUCGAAUUCUCACAGCGGCCGAACGUCAAGCUGCAUCGCAAGGAUCCCUAUGGGAUAGGGAUGUGUAUCCUGGUUCCGAAGCCGAUGAAGAUAUGGAUUUGGAUCCCGUGGGACCUGUUCGUCGGCGGAAGGCGCUGUCUCGAUGGCCGCCUUAUGGUUUGGAUUAUAGAUCAAGUGGACAAACCUGGUCUGGUCCGGAUCAAGGUAUUGGCAGACUGAAGAUGACUUUGCCGUGGGUGCGGGUCUUUGUGCAGGAUUCCAAGGGAGAAUCAUCGGACGAUGGCUUGUCAGGCAAGUCGCAGGCUAACAAGGAUGCUCCUGCGAGAGAUACGGUGCUUGCUCAGCAGGGUGAGGAGAUGGUUUCUGUUAUGCGGAGGGCUUGUUUCUGGGGUCGGGAGAAGGGCUUUGGCGAGCGCAGGGUGUCUCUUGCAAGUGUUGAUGAGUCUUUGGGAAAGCAGGUGGGAAGCUACUUUGAACAUGUUUUCAAGGAUCCGGAGUUGAAUGAAGAUUGA